GGGUUAUGGGUUUGGGGGAUGGGCAUGGGCAUGGGCAUGGACUACGGACUACGGGCUACCCCGUUGUUGUGUACUGUGGCCCCAUGAAGCCAAAAUAUCUGCGUAGGAAAUCUGGGUUCUUGUCGCUAUUUCAAAUCCUUGUUUCAAUCCGCGCACAUUCUUAUUAGUCUGGCUCUUUUUAUCGAACAGUUGACGCGCCAAAAUAGCGACUAAUGGCUGGUGUCUUUCUCUCAAAUGAUAUCUCCCUUCACGGCUUUACCCUUUGAGGAUCUCUCUCAAUGGUUAUUACAGGCUACAUGCGAAUUUACUUAAAGUGUCAACGCUGUUUCUCCUCCUCCUCAGUCUCGCUUCCAUGGAUCUCUCCUCUCCAGUACCUCAAACCCACCAGGCCAAAACCAGAUCCUCCACCCCAGACUUCCACAUUGCUCCAAGAACCCCAAAGAAAGCCCAAAUUCAUCUCGCACGAGUCCGCUACCAACAUGAUCAAACGCGAGAAAGAUCCCCAACGUGCCCUAGAAAUCUUUAACAUGGUGUCGUUGCAGCGGGGCUUCAACCACAACCACUCCACAUACUCUGUUAUCCUCCAUAAACUUGCUCAAUCCAAGAAAUUUAAAGCCGUUGAUGCGAUUCUUCGGCAGAUGACAUUUGAAACCUGUAAAUUUCAUGAGGGUCUGUUUCUCAAUCUCAUGGCCCAUUAUUCCAAAUGUUCUCUACACGAAAAGACAAUAGAGAUGUUUUAUGCAAUCCAGCCAAUUGUUCGUGAAAAGCCCUCACUCAAAGCUGUUAGCACUUGUCUCAAUCUCCUCGUUGAAUCAGAUCGGAUGGAUUUGGCCCGGAAGCUUCUCUCGGAUUCGAAGAAGAGUCUCAACUUGAAGCCCAACACGUGCAUUUUCAAUAUCUUGGUUAAGCAUCACUGCAGGAAGGGAGACCUAAAUUCUGCUUUUGAGGUGGUGAAGGUGAUGAAAAAGGCAGAGAUUUCUUAUCCUAAUUUAAUCACCUACUCUACUCUAAUGGGUGGUCUCUGUGACAAUGGAAGACUCAAAGAAGCAAUUGAAUUGUUUGAGGAUAUGGUUUCCAAAGAUAAGAUCUUACCCGACACCCUAACUUACAAUGUUUUGAUCAAUGGUUUCUGCCGAGGAGGGAAAGUUGAUAGGGCCAGAAAGAUAAUGGACUUCAUGCGAAAAAAUGGAUGCCAGCCGAAUAUAUUUAAUUACUCAGCCCUGAUGAAUGGGUACUGUAAAGAAGGGAGACUGCAAGAGGCCAAGGAUAUUUUCAAUGAGAUGAGGAACUCUGGUCUGGAUGUUGAUGCAGUUGGUUAUACUACUUUGAUAAAUUGCUGCUGUAGGGCUGGGAGAGUAGAUGAAGCUAUUGAACUGCUGAAAGAGAUGAAAGAGAAGGAAUGCAAAGCUGAUGUUGUCACUUUUAACGUGAUACUUGGUGGUCUGUGCCGGGAGGGAAGGUUUGAAGAGGCUCUGGGAAUGCUUGAGAAGCUGCCCUACGAGGGUGUUUAUCUGAACAAGGCAAGCUACAGGAUCGUGUUAAAUUUCUUGUGCAGGGAAAAGGAGAUGGACAGAGCAUCAUAUUUAUUGGGUCUGAUGCUGGGAAGGGGAUUCCUGCCUCAUUUUGCAACUUCAAAUGAAUUGCUCGUUGGUCUAUGUGAGUCUGGAAAGGUAGCAGAGGCAACUGUUGCAUUGUCUGAAUUGGGAGAGAUGGGUUUUAAGCCAGAGCCAAGUUCAUGGACUCGGUUGGUUGAGUCAAUCUGUAGAGAAAGGAAGCUAGUAAAGGUAUAUGAACUGCUUGACGAGUUAAUUAUUGCAAGAAGGUGAAUUUUCUGAAACAUUUUCCUUUCAGCAUUUAGAUUUCAAUGCAUCUAGGGAAAAGUAUGCAAACAAUAGAGUAUUGAAUCACAGAAGGAUGAAGAAGAUAUUGAAGUAGAGGGAAAUAAUUGUGAGAAGAAAUUUGUCUAAAUGGUCACGAGGAAAGGAAAUUGUGGGAUUUUAGUGAGUGUAUUUUAGGCCAUAUGCUUCAUGGUUACUGCCUUACUCCUCAAAAGAUGGUGAAUGAUGAAUAAGAUUGCAGAAAUCUCUCCUCAACAGUGGAGAUUAGUGGACAGAACUGGUUAACUGCUUGUAGUCGCAUUAUGAGUUGUAUUUCUUCAACGGAAGUCUCUUUGGGUUAAUUGCGAGUCACUGAACAAAAAUUAGCAAAGGUCUCUGAUUUGGCACUGCUGCUUGAGAAGUAGGCUUUGAAUUUUUGUAAGCAAAAUAUCAGCAUGAAAGGUAAAAGGGCAACACCUGUCUGCAGGAGACUAUUGAGCAACAACAGACUCGUGCAUGAACUACUUGUGAUCCUGCUUCUUGCAUACAUCAGCAUUCUUCAGUUGAACAGAACAAUAAGUGGAUUUGCUCAAAGUUCACCUUGUGACGAGAGCUUUGUUGCCUCUGGGCCAAGCAGCUAUUGCAAAUGAGUUAAAAAAAAUUGAGGAUUCGUGCCUACAAUUGUGACGUCUUCCUCUAUGCAAGUAUGAGUCCAAAAAAUUGAGGACUCGUGUCUGGUUGUCUACAAGUCUAGGUCAUGCAUGUUUCGAUUAAGAACUAGUUGGCUCCGUCAUCAACUUGCCAUCAUCAAUCUGCACCACUGAAGGUAUAUGAUUAAAUAGCACAUUCAUCAGCGCAGCUUGGGACCUUCAGGGUCUGGAAUUAUAGACUCUAUAAGGAGCUUUUCAUGCUAUGUGGUGAAGGUAAAGAGCUUCAUUUCCAAUACCACCAAGCCAUCUUUAUCUCAGCAAUGAAAUUGCAUCAUGCAUUGAGAGGUUGCUUUGGAUCCUUGUUGAGACAUCUUGUAGGUGAAUCAAAGAGUGCAUUGGGACAUGAUGAAACCAGUGAUGGUGAAUGUACCAUACAGAAGUUGAACUAUUGUAAUGUCAAUAUGUCAUGCAAUUAUUUAGAACAUACUGAUGACGUUAUGUAACUUAGAUUACCAGCAAGAUCUAAGUAUUGAUGCACAUCAGUUUUCAGGGUGGGCAAUACACGAAAUACUGAGAAUUUGGGAGAGUGAAGAUGUUCAAAUCUUGAUAUUCAUUAGGGAAAACUAAGAUUUCAAAGCUUGUUAUGAAAUUCUGCCAUUUUCAAA